AUGGCUGAACAACAGCGACGGUUGAUCGAUGCGAAUCAACGAGAAAUCGAGCAGCGAGAGCUGAGACCUGAGCGGGUGGAGAAUGCUGCUGCGAGAUUAGCGGCACUUCGGAAUGAGGUGUUACGUGAAGAGCGUGAAAUGGCACGUUUGAAUGCGAUUCAACGUGAAGCACGUGAAACUUUCGCGAGGCGGUUGGCGGCUGAGAAACAACUACAUGAAAUGCAGAAUACAUAUACGUCCCAAGAAGAUCAAUUGCGGACUGCCGCAUCUCGAAUCGAUUCACUCAAAUCACAGUUGGAUCUUUUGUAUCGACGUCGGAUGUCCGCAGUGAAUGCGGCACGUGCACAGCAAAACCGAUUCAAUUCACAAACCAACUCACUGAAUCGACCGAUUAAGAAAGAUAACAGUUCAAGAAUGAGCAGCGGUAGUUUCGGUGAAGCUGCUGCACCAUCAAGACCUCAAGCGUCGGUGGAGCCAUUCCAGAUCACACGUCCAACGGUCGUCGUAACGAAACCAUCAGAUGAAAAGCGAACGGUCAACACGUCAGUUGUUGUGGUACCUCCUCCACCCCCGCCUGUUCCGCCCACACCUCAGUCGUUGUCAUCUUCGUCCUCGCUUAAAACGCUCACCAACGUAAUUUCGCCGCCCUCAAAGGAUCUCACAGAUCGGGUUGUUUUCCGUAAACCACUACUGAACGAACAGCUGGUAGCAACUAAUCGUGAUGAGUCGCCAUCACCUCCGAAGGAUCCGUAUCCAUCGCUGACGUGCGCUCCUGCGGUCGAAAGACCCGUACUGUUCGUGCAGAAGUCUGAACCGAACCUAUCCACAUCUGUUCCAGUGGCCAGUGUGAAGAACAUGUCUGCACUGAGAAGCUCGUCAGCAAAUGUUGGCCAACAGCAGUUGAGUCCGCAACAGAUUCUCUCAACGCCAUCUGCUAUUCCAUCGAUGACAUCUGCACAAUCACAGCAACAACACUCGAGAAGAUCCACAAAUAUGCACAAUUUAUGGAAUGAGGCUAAGAUUUUGGAUCAAGAAGCUUUGCUGAAUGCAAACGAUAAAACCAGCUCGAAAUGUGACGAUAACGGUCGUGUGACGAUGAGUGAUCAAAUUUCGAUUCGUGCAGAUACGUUGAGGGCAGCGAAGAGAAGGUCAUGGGCUCAACAAGAGACGUUGAUGGAUGAGGCCGAAUAUAUUCGAAAGAUUCUCUGCGAACAACAGAAAAAAGGGCGAACGCAUCUGAAUUUAGAUCCACAUCUGAAGAACCUUUUGAAUAAUUCACCUGUUCAAGAGGUAGUCAAUGAUAAGGUGCAACCAACUGAUCCAGUUGAGGCGAGCGUAGAAGAAGCACCCGAAGUAAUAGCGACAACAUCGAAAUUAUUGGAUGAGACGACUGAAGCCGUGUCAGUGAUAGAAUCAGAC